AUGAAUUCAAAUACUUAUACCGUAACAACGGGCCAUCAAUUGAUCAUUUUUACGGGACCACUUUAUCUCAUCUAUAAAGUGAUUACUACAAUUAAUUUAGCAAAAAAGAUCAACGAAGAAAAUUCGAGAGUGAAAGUUGUUCCCUUAUUUUGGAUGGCGUCAGAAGAUCAUGAUUUUGCUGAAAUCAAUCAUAUCAAUUUGUUACAGAAAACAAUAAUCUGGAAUGUGGAAAAUCAUGUUCAAGGUGCUGUUGGACGUAUCAAUAUUACGCAUAAUAUUCAAAAAACUAUUGAAGAAGUCAAAUUUAUUCUCGGUAGUUCGGAAAAUGCAUUACGAUUAAUUUCAAUUAUUGAAGAUGCGUAUUUGAAAAACAACACUUUAGCCGAAGCAACACGUUACUUAUUACAUCAAUUAUUUCAUGAUGAAGGAUUGAUUAUAUUAGAUGCUGAUAAUCAUGAUUUGAAAAAGAUCUUUGCCAAUAUUAUCGAGCAAGACAUUUUGACAAAACAGAGUUUUUACUAUAUGAAUGAAAUCAUUCGGCAAAUGCAUACGCAUUAUAAAGUUCAAGCAAAAUCAAGAGAAAUUAAUUUCUUUUAUUUGCUUGAUAAUUAUCGUGUAUUAAUUGUUACAGAUGGAGACAAGUAUAAAACAAAAGAUGAAAAAUACACAUUCACAAAAGAAGAAUUACAGAAAGAGAUACAAUCAUUUCCGGAACGAUUUAGCCCAAAUGUUAUAAUCCGACCCUUGUAUCAGGAGUUCUUACUUCCAAAUCUCGCUUAUAUCGGUGGUCCACAUGAACUUGCCUAUUGGUUCGAAUUACGAUCGAUGUUCGAAUCGUACAAAGUGAAUUUUCCGAUGUUAGUUUUGAGAAAAAAUGCAUUGAUAAUUGAUGAUAAUACGUUCGAACUUAUGAAAGAAUUUCAUAUUUCAAUAUCUGAUAUAUUCUUACCUAUCGAUGAACUUAUAACAUCAUUUGUUACUAAACAUUCAAAUGAUGACAUCAGUCUAAAAGAGGAAAUCGGUUUAAUUGAACAAUCGUUCACACAAAUUUUAGACAAAUGUAAGAAUAUCGAUCCAUUAUUACAAGAUCCGAUUCGAACAGAAAAAUCCAAAAUGUUAAAAAUAUUAAAUCAUUUAGAAAAGAAACUCUUAAAAACGAAAAAGAAAACAUUCAAUACUGAAAUUGAACAUUUGAGAAAAAUCAAAGAAAACUUAUUUCCAGCUGAAAACUCACAAGAACGUUAUGAUAAUUUUAUGAACUUCUAUUUAAGAAAAGGAGAUCGAUUUAUUCCUGAUUUAAUUAAUGCACUGGAGCCAUUAUCAAAAACGUAUACAAUUUGUGAUAGCGAUUUUGUUGAUCCACGUUGGCCAAUGGGUAUUCAAAAUACGAUGCAAUUAUUUGAUUAUAUUUACAAUCGAGAUUUUCGAAUGCGUGGUUACUCUUUAUUCCAAGCGCUUGUUUCUAUUUGUGCUCUGGCUAAAGUCAGCAUUGAUAAUGCUCUUAUUGAUUUCAAAUCGACUACAUUCAUUUCAAAAAAUUUGCUAUCUGAGAAAACAUUCGCUGCACAAAUGAAUGCCAGUAUUGAUUUGUAUACUACCUCUCUAGCGUACACUUUUAGUCGUUCAUUCGGAAUCAUACGUGAUACAACACAAGGCAAUGGUCUUGUUUCAGGAACUCUGUCAAGUAUCACCUUUCGUCUGACAGCUAUAAAUAAUACGAAUACUAAUCAAUCUAUUGGAACAAUCAAUCCUCGCUAUAAAACGUAUGAUAACGAUAGAUGUUCAUGUCAUGAUUCAGCCACUUGCAAAGAACAAGCAUAUGUUUAUACUCCUGAUAAUACUAAGGUUCGAGUAUACAAAGUACCGGGUUUAGUAAUUGGAUGUUACGGAUUUGAGGCAAUGCUGCAAUCAAAUUUAUUAUGCUUCUAUAAUCAAACAUGUGUUGAUGGUCUUCGUGUAGCUAUCAAUUUCUCAAAUAUUUUCACUACUUCAGCGCUUGAUCCUUCAAAGUUGAUUUAUUUUAAUGUGAAUAGCACAGUCGGGAAUAUAAUGGAAAAAAUGAUGAUUGAACAGUGGACAAGUAGUAUAUUCUAUGCCAACUACUAUAAUAAAUGUCGUCCAAUUUACUGUCAAUAUACAAUCAUUAAGAAAAACGAUAUAAUAUAUAUUGUUACGACAUUAAUUGCAAUAAUCGGUGGUCUUACGAGUGCACUUCAAAUUUUCGUACCUUGCUUUGUAAUUUUACUUCGAAAAUUUAUUCUGAAGUGGUGGCAACAUAGACGUACUAGAGUUGGAAUUGUCUCUUGA